AUGAAGGGUAUACCAAUACCAACUAGGAGCUCAAAUGAUUAUGUUCAACAAGAAAGUACACACCAAGGUAUACUCCGCGAGGCUAAAACUACAGACACUAGAGUAUUAGCUAGAGAGCCCUCCCUCUGCUUUGAGGACGCCUUUCAACCAUAUGACCCAAAGAAGCACCAUACUGACGCUAGAUACAUUUCUGGCGCUUUUCAAGAAUACUACUCCGGAAAGAAACAGAUCGCUCUUGAGGUUCCCCUGAAUCUAGCAUCAGUGACAGACCACGAUGUUAAGAGUCGCGAUCUUUACCAUCCCACUGUAGGCCGCAAUGUCCUUUCUCCUCGAGGCUUCAGGCUUAACUGCAGCCCACCCAAACGACCUGAGCUGCCUCUAAUGCCGCCAGACAAAUUAUUGGCGCAUGCAUCGGAGCGACACCUUAACUCUGUAGCUCUAAAUCCCUUCCUGACAAAGCAGUUAUUUCCACACCAGUCCGUUGCCCAAUUUAUCAGCCUUAGUGACGGUACACUCUGUACUUAUCCGCUAACGCACCAACAGGUGAGAUCAAAAUACAGGCGAUCAUAUACCCCCUUUCGGCCAGCUCCUCCAGCCCAUGCAUCCGCCCGCAACCUCACGUCUCCACUAGGUUCAUUUGCAGAGCCAACUAUUCUAGGAAGUUCGCCACAAUCCAAUUUUGCUUGCAAGAAGCGUGUAUGUAUUAGCAACGCUAACUUGUCUGCGUACUUCAGAAAAACGCAAGAGAUACAUAUGAAGCUCUUCCCGGUGGUGGACAAUCGAGGCAUUCCUGGAAAGAAAUAUCGAUCUGAAAGCGUUCCUGCUAUAACACCUAUGGUCACCAAUGAAAACUUCUUUGCGCAGCCUCUACAAUCUCCCUUCAAAAACCUAAGCCCCUAUAUUUCUAGUCUAAAGCACUCCCCACCCCCUGCUCAAAAGCGCCCGGCAAGCACGUAUAUUGUGGACUCUUUCCCCGGUCGACUUGUGGGCGAGAAGAGACCGCUGACAACUACCAUAUCUACCUCUAAAGCCAAUAACUCGAGACAGCACUCUCCCUCAUUCAAGAGUCAAGAUAGUCCCCUCACAAGAGAGUUGACGGCCAAGGAGGCUACUCAACUGGGGGGAAGACCCCAACGGUCGGCACCAACUAUUGCCAGGCGGCCAACAAUGCGAAGUUCGUUAGGUGCAUGGGCUCUCGAUCAAAGCCCAGCAGAAGAGAUCCUUGAAAAAGUCAACCGUGAGCAUGCACUACCUCCAAGACGCAUAAACUUCAGUUGCAAAAAAACCAUUCCACUGUAUCGGGCACGCUCCACAGGAUGA